AUGGCGUGGACCAACUACCAGAUACUUCUUUCUCUUGUAAUGGUGAUUACUGGUAGUAUUAAUACUUUGAGUACCAAAUGGGCUGAUACAAUAAAAUCCAAAGGCCAAGAUGGGCAGACCAAAAAUUUCAAUCAUCCUUUUUUCCAAGCUAGCACCAUGUUUUUAGGGGAGAUGCUGUGUCUCCUCACUUUCAAGAUUUUAUAUAGAUACUAUAGUAGAAGAGCAGAUGGCACAGAAGAUGUUCAUGAACUUACAAAGGGCAACAGGACCUUCAACCCUUUCAUUCUAUUUAUACCAGCUAUGUGUGACAUGACAGCAACUUCCAUUAUGUAUAUAGGUCUCAAUUUGACUUAUGCUUCUAGCUUCCAAAUGUUUAGAGGUUCUGUGAUAGUUUUUGUUGGUUUGCUGAGUACUGGAUUCUUACACAGGGUGUUAAAUAAAAGACAAUGGUCUGGAAUUGUAUUUGUCAUUAUUGGUUUAGCAGUUGUGGGAGUUGCAGAUUUCAUUUCUAAGGAUCCUGAUGAUAGUCAUGGAAAUAAUGAUAUCAUCACUGGUGAUAUGUUGAUUGUCAUUGCUCAAAUCAUUCAAUCAAUCCAGAUGGUGGUGGAGGAGAAAUUCGUAGCAGGUCAAGACAUUCCUCCUUUACAAGCAGUCGGUUGGGAAGGUUUGUUUGGUUUUGUCGUCCUCGCAUUACUCCAAAUCCCGUUCUACUUUAUCCACGCUGGUCCCCCUGUAACAUCACAGGCCGGGGACAGGUUAGAAGAUGCUAUUGAUGCAUUUGUCCAAAUCGGACAUAGUGGAAAACUUUCAGUUGCCAUUUUAGGAACCGUCAUAUCAAUUGCCUUUUUCAACUUCGCCGGUAUCAGUGUUACCAAAGAACUAUCGGCGACUACCAGGAUGGUACUAGACAGUGUUCGUACCAUCGUCAUCUGGGUAUUCAGUUUGGCUUUUAUGGGUCAAGUCUUCCAUUGGCUGCAGCUUCUUGGUUUUGUUCUACUUCUUGCCGGAAUGUGUCUUUACAACGGUAUAACAUUCGUAUCAACAUUUUUGAAAAUGAAAGAAGCCAUCAGGAGGAGGUACAACAAGGUGGAUGAAGAAGUUAUCGAAAAUCGUAAUGCGGAGGACCCUGAAAUGUGA